UUUUAUUUUCGUAUCUGGUAACACAGUGCCCGUCGCCAUUUUGCAUCACUUUUCUCUUUGUGAGUGGCGUGGCUUUUGCGUGUUAUAAAUUAAACUUGUUUUGUUUUGUACUAAACUGUGAUCACUAAUUAUAAGCUUUACAUUUGUAGAUUGUUUGUUAAUUGUGUUUGUUUAAGUUUAUCCUUGUUAUAUAUCACAAUGGGAAGAAAAAAGAAGAAGGCUUCGAAACCCUGGUGCUGGUAUUGCAACCGCGAAUUUGACGACGAAAAGAUUCUGAUCCAACAUCAAAAGGCGAAACAUUUCAAAUGUCACAUCUGUCACAAGAAACUGUACACGGGGCCCGGGCUGUCAAUACACUGCAUGCAGGUUCACAAAGAAGCAAUAGAUAAAGUACCAAAUUCAUUACCGAAUAGGUCAAAUAUAGAAAUAGAAAUUUAUGGUAUGGAAGGUAUACCUCCUGAAGAUGUGAAGGAACAUGAGAAACAGAAAUCAGGUGGUGGAGGCAAAGGCUCGGACAGUGAAGAUGACGAGCCAGCUGCCAAGAAAAAAGCCACACCAGCCUUGCUGGGCGCGGGGCCUUCAACAGUGACGCAGGGUAUACUGCCGACCCCAAUGGGGCCAGUGCCUCCUGGGAUGUACCCUCCGCCCAUGGCCAUGAACCCCAUGAUGCCUCCUUUCAUGCAGGCUCCUAGUUCGUAUUACAGGAUGAUGAUGCCAGGCAUGAGGCCGCUGUUCCCUGCUGCUAGCGUGCCCACGUCCACGCCCAGCAAGCCCACCUUCCCCGCAUAUAGUAAUGCAACAAUAAGUGCACCGCCGACGACCUCAACGCCCUCAAGCAGUAUAGACCCCAAAGAGAAUGGUGAAGUUAAACCUCCCGCUGUGAACGCGUGUCCGUUGGUGACGGCCACCGGGGCGGGCUCGAAGAUCGUGCAUCCGCCCGAAGACGUGUCCCUAGAGGAGAUUCGGGCUCGAGGGCCGAAGUACCGACCGAAGCCGAAGCCUGAUGCGCCCGCUUCGCAACCACCGCCUGUGUCCACCAUCAUCACGCCAAGCACUAGUCAGGCAGAAUGCAUGGCGCAGGUGGCGGCGCACAUGUCGGCGGCGGUGGCGGCGGCGCGGCAGCAGGCGCUGCGGCGGCCCGUGCUGCCGGGCGUGGUGGGCGUGGCGGGCGUGCUGGGCGGCGUGCCGGGCGUGCGCGUGCCCGUGCCCGUGUCCAUGCCGCACCCGGUGGUGGGCAUGCUGCCCGUCAUGCCGCAGUUCAACCUCGUGCGCCCGCUGCAGCCCGGCAUGCUGCUGCCCGGCGGCAUGGGCGGCAUGGGCGGAAUGGGCGGCAUGGGCGGCAUGAGCGGCAUGAUGCAGAUGGGCAUGUUCCCGGGCGGCGUGCCGGGGCUGCCGGUCAUGCAGCCGCGCUACCGAUAGCCGUGCCGCGCCUGGGCGUGGAGCCGCGUCGCCGAGCGAAGGUAGGCGCUCGUCGCAUAGUGUGGGCUCGUGUGGGCCGGUGUGGGCCCGCGUCGGCUCCAGUAGCUGACAGCAGGUAAGCGCGCGACGGGACAGGUGACGCUCGUCGCCCCACGGGGCUGGGCCGGCAGUUCCCUGCGAGGCGACGCAGGCGACGGCUGUCACAACGAGUGUUGUUGGAUUGGCGGCCCCCUGUCCCGCCGGCCGCCGCUCCGUUACUACAGACCUCCUCGUACAAGAUGCCGGUUUUACGUAGAUGAACUUGGUUCGUAAUUAUCUGGUGUUAAGCGAUGUGUGUAAGAAUUAUUGCGAGACGUUAAUGUUAUAUGCCUUGAUGAUUUUUUCUUAAGCAUUUCCACGUGAAGUUGUGAUGUUUGCCUACUCUUGUAGAAUUUUGACUAUUUUACUCAAUAAAUGCUCUGGACAUGGA